UCAUCCAUACAUUGCACACAUGAGGAUUUUGCUGUAGCUGGCAGAGCAGAGCUAGUUAGAAAAGCAGUUUAUGGUUAUUUUCACUGGAAAUGACGAUAUCGUCCAAGACAGCGUUAUGAGAUGAAGACAAAAAAGGCGAGUCGGCGGGCUAAUAGCUAAUUAUUUAGCUAACAUGGCUGGAUGUAUCAUUAGAAACUAACACUUGCUGCAAAACUCUCAAUUUAGCUGUAGGUUUUUUUUUUUUUUAUUUUUAUACCGAGUGGCUUCCAAACACUCUGGACUUUCAGAUUAAAUGAGCUUGCACUUUGUAUGUAGGUCUGUUCUCCUUUAGUCUGAUUUCCAUUGAAGGAGUGUACAUACAUCAGCAACAUGCCUCUGUCAGACUUUCUGGACGGCCUGAAGGACAACCCGUACUUCGGGGCCGGGUUUGGACUAGUUGGGAUUGGGACAGCACUGGCAAUGGCCAAGAAAGGGGCCCAGGUGGGAAUGAUCUUCUUCCGCAGGAACUACAUGAUUACCCUGGAGGUCCCCAGCAGGGACAAGAGCUACCACUGGCUGCUGAGCUGGAUCACCAAACACGCCAAGCACACUCAGCACCUGAGCGUGGAGACGUCCUACCUGGCACACGAGAGUGGACGGGUUCACACGCAGUUUGACUUCCAUCCGAGCCCUGGGAACCACAUCAUCUGGUAUGGGAGGAAGUGGAUCAGGGUGGAGAGGACCAGAGAGAAGCAGAUGGUGGAUCUGCACACUGGAACCCCGUGGGAGUCUGUAACCUUCACUGCUUUAGGCAGAGACAGACAAAUUUUCUUUAAUAUCUUGCAAGAGGCAAGAGAACUGGCCUUAAAGCAGGAAGAGGGACGUACAGUGAUGUACACAGCCAUGGGUGCCGAGUGGAGGCCCUUCGGGUUCCCGCGGCGACGCAGGCCCCUCAGCUCUGUGGUGCUGGACGUGGGCGUGACUGAAAGGAUCGUAGACGACGUGAAGGACUUCAUCGGAAACCCAAAGUGGUACACAGACAGAGGCAUCCCCUACAGAAGAGGAUAUCUGCUGUAUGGUCCUCCAGGAUGUGGGAAAAGCAGCUUUAUCACGGCGCUGGCAGGCGAGCUGGGCUACAGCAUCUGUCUGAUGAGUCUGAGCGACCGGUCCCUGUCAGAUGACCGCCUGAACCACCUGCUGAGCGUGGCGCCGCAGCAGAGCAUCAUCCUGUUGGAGGAUGUCGAUGCAGCGUUCGUCAGCCGAGAGCUGCUUACCACAGAGAACCCUCUGGCCUAUCAGGGAAUGGGAAGACUGACUUUUAGUGGCCUCCUUAAUUCUUUGGAUGGAGUUGCUUCAUCUGAGGCCAGAAUAGUUUUUAUGACCACCAACUUUAUUGACCGGUUGGACCCAGCACUGAUCCGACCCGGCCGUGUUGACCAGAAGCACUACAUCGGUCACUGCACUCACUGGCAGCUCGUGCAGAUGUUCCGGCGGUUCUACCCGGACGAGCCCGCAUCUGAAGGAGAGCGGUUUGCGGAGCGAGCGUUGGCCGCCCACACGGAGAUCAGCGCUGCACAGGUGCAAGGACACUUUUUAAUGCACAAAAUGGACCCUGCAGGAUCGAUAGACAAUGUGGGCCGAAUAAAAGGAUGACAGGACUGCAGGUAGCUUUGAGACUGAUGACAGAAUAAAGAGAAACAUGAGAAACGGGAGUAAAUCUUUUUUUCACGUUUCCUGGUGAAGUUGGAAAAGGUUUCACAGAUGCGGUCCAUAGACUUUAUAUACAGUAUAUGAAACAGAGUUCUGAUGUAACACCCAUCUUGGCCUAACAUGGAGUGCCUUUGAGCAAAGGACGGAAGCCAGAGUAGAUACUUGCCAAAUACUGUAAAUGAUGAUUAUUAUACCAGAAAAAUGCAGUGCUUUGAUUCUAAUGGUCCAGUGUGUAGGAUUUAAUAUUUAUAACUGUUUUCAUCGGUUAAAAAUCACCUGAAAUGAAAAUUCUUCGUGUUUUUGUUAUGAGUCUUAUAUUCUUAUAUUAUGAGCCUUAUAUUCUACCAGAGUCCAGGAUGUUUUCAUGUUUUGAACAGCAAGUGAAGAGGGGAGGCUGGUUGCGAUCUGCAGACUCAUCACUACAUGCCACUAAAUCCUUCACACUGCACCUUUAAAUAAAGUAAACCAGGAACAAGCAGA